UGUGGUCUCUACCCUGAUAACCCUUACGGAAAGGUACUUCCGGUUUCCUUUGAUCAUUUGCCUGGUUGGGGACCAGUGCGAGCCUGCUGGAUCGAGUUGCUUCGAUUUACUUAAAUCGAUGACUUGCGAUCGUGACAAUGUCAGUACUUUUUGAAGGAUCAGGCGCACCACCUCCAGGGGAUACACAUUCCAAUGAGUCCCGACCGACGUUGAUUGGGCCAAAAGUCGUAGCAUCAACCACUACGAUGUUGGCCUUGGCCCUGACUGUCUAUUCCACCCGAAUAUACGCGCGAUGGCGGUCGUACCAAAAACUUGGACUCGAUGAUUUUACAAUCUCAAUUGCAAUGGCGCUUGCCACUGCCGGGUACGGGAUCCUCCUCAGACUGUACACGCUGUUAGAUGGGCUGCAUGUAUCACAGUUAGAAUUGAAGGAGAUUAUGAUGAUUCUUAAGCUCUCUUUCAUGAUUUCUCCUCUUUGGGUUUGGACAGUUGCAAUGGUAAAAAUAUCCAUUCUCUUCAUGCUACUUCGGAUCAAGCAGACGCCCAAGUGGAAAUGGGGAGUUGGAGGCUUGAUCAUUCUUAUAACCUUAACCACGAUUGCGAUUAUGGUGACUCAACUAGUUCAAUGCAAUCCAAUAUCGGCGAACUGGAAUCCAAUGCUCCAACAAACGAAUUGCUGGACUCCGGAAAGAGUACUUCACGUAAACUACGGCGUCUCCUCUCUCUUCGUCUUGACCGACUUUAUAUGCGCGCUUCUUCCCCUUGCAUUUAUCUGGAAGAUCAAUCGACCACUGCGCGAAAAAGUUGUCCUGGCUCUCCUUCUGGGACUGGGCUUGAUUGCAGGCGUAUGCGGUGUUGUCAAGCUCGCCAUGCUCCGACUAGUCCUGAAUUCCCAUGAUCCGACAUUCGAUAGCGCUGAUCUCAGCAUUUGGGCAUUUGCGGAAAUGUUCGUCGGCAUCAUCGCAGCCUGCAUUCCGUGCUUGAAGUCAUUGAUGGAAAAAGCCUACCGUGCCUUGGGUGGCAGCAUCACCCGCUCCGCUACGAAAGGACAGUCUGAAUAUUUCCAUGGAACUCGUAGUGGUGUUCAUGAUGGCAGCCUGACCUACAACAUGCAAACCUUGCGGUCCUCAAAACAGAUACAGGUCGACCGGAAAGUUACGAUCCUCCACAGCCAAUCCAGCGAUGACGACGUACCCUUUGCAUACGCGACGGUCACAGCAGAACGACGAUCAACACCACAAGAUGUAUGACGGAGGCUAAAACUGGCGCAUAUGGGGGGGCUAUGUUUUCAAUUUUCGCUUGGUCGCUACGUUUAAGGGGUACAUCCAGAAGAGGAAGUUCGUUUUGGAUUCUUGAAACGUGUAAGGUGGACUGUUCUUAUAAGACAUGAAUCCACAGGGAUAUAAGGAGUAGGACAUCUAGGACGAUACCCCAGGGAAGUUCUGAGAGGGCCAGGAAUCCUUAUAAUUAAUGUAUACUCAUUCUCAAUACGAAGGAUCAUCGCAACGAGUGUAACGGAUCUACUACUACGAAUCUACGAUACUACUAGUUAGCGCACUGGUGGAUUACGUUAGUUACUACUUACUUUAACUAUAGUAUGGUCCUCUAGACCGCGACGCGUUCUCAGAACUCACCUAGCUACCCC